AUGGUGUUGGCGUUGGCAGCAUCAACUCGCCAUGUUCACAAAGGCCAUUCUUUUCAACUGACUUCAGAAAAUCCCUGGAUACAUGGACACAUGUCCCCGCAUCAACAUGUCCAGAUCCUUUUUUUUGAACAGCAACAUGUCCAGAUCCUAAUAUUGGGGAGAUUGCAUGCUGCACAUUUAGUUGCUCUGCAAUUUCCCUUUUUGGGGCUGAAACAAGGUCUUGAGUUUCUUUCCACAGACGGCAGUCGUCCGAGGUUAGAGAUGAAUGGCCAUCCCCAGUUUCAGAAACAUGAGGUAAGCAAGGACAAGAUUAACAGCUCCUUCUCCUCACUAGUAAUGUACCCCAUUCUCAAUCUCCGCUACCACAAGAUGGAUCUUCAUUGGUACUUUAGGGCACUUGAAGAGGUGGUCAUUCGUGUUCUUUUUUCAACAUUUUCUAUCAAGGCUUCCCGGAUCGAGGGUAUGACUGGUGUUUGGGUAGGUGAAAAAUUAGCAGCUAUUGGGAUACGAGUAUCGCAAUGGAUAGCAUAUCAUGGCUUAGCACUGAACGUCAACAUUGAUCUAGCUCCCUUUCAAAGGAUAGUUCCAUGUGGGAUAUGUGAUCGUCGCGUUGGAAGCAUAAAGGGAUUGCUUCGAGAACAUUUGUUGUCCAAACAAUCUGGAAUGCAUCGUAAUGAUGAUAGCAAAUUGCUUGAUAUCACUCACAAAUCCUUGGUCAAGGAGUUUUCUGAAGUAUUUCAAGUUGAACUCCAAUACAAUGCAAUCCCCAACUUGGAGUUACCAGAGGGGGAGCCAUCAACUUUGGUAACUGGAAAAUGAAUUUAGCUUGGGGCCAAUCACAGCUUAUCCGGAUCAUUUCAGGCAGAGAAACAAAUUGGUUGUAGGACACUGUUGAAAUUUUUGCGGGUUCUUAAAAGUGUUGCUAUGGCGAUAACAAGAAAUAGGCGAUGCAUCAUCCUUGGUGCUAUGUACGCUGACUUGACUUGACACAUUCAUCCGAUUGAAUCCACAAUCAAAGGAGGACCGCAAGCUCAGGGCUCGACGAAACACAAAGUAUCAACGUUAAGAAACUUCUUGGGUUAGCCGUGAAAGAAAGAGCUUUGCUUUCAUUUCUCCAUGUAUAUAUUCAUAGAUGAGUCUACUAAAAGAGGGACCAGCCUUGGGAGGAGUGAACAUUUGGGAAAUGAAGUUGGAAUCGGGUCAAAUCUUGUGAACGGGCGGGCAUGUGUUGGAAAAGGCUUGGACUGGUCAUUGCUUUUAAAAAUGACCAUUGAAAGGCGAAUUCUAGUAUUUAACAUGUGAUCUGACUACUAAAAAUAUACCGGGUACACAAGUGGAUCACACUUCCCUGCUAAAUUCGAAAAAGCUUUCAAGAACUAUUCUAUGGGGACCAUAGCAUUCUCUGGUACGCGAAAGAUUCAAAUCCCAAUCAUUAACCUUUUUCAUUUCAUUACUUUGUGGUGG